AUAGGAGGGUUCUAUGCAUUCCUUCUCAGCCGUGAUCCGAGCGUAGAGCUCAGUGUGGUUGCUAGAUCUAACCUAGAGGCCGUCAAGAAAAACAUUGCGACAAAAUACGACUAUAUUGUUUGCGCUCAUAAAGCAAUCACCCCUGGCUUGGACCCCAACGACUUCCGAUCUGUCGCUAACAUGGACACGACUUUUGUGAUCUUACAGAAUGGAGUUGGUAAUGAGGAGCCUUUUCGUCAGUCAUUCCCUUACUCGACAAUCAUUAGCUGUGUGAUAUGGGUCGGCGCGACACAAGAUUCUCCUGGCGUGAUAAGACAUACAGCGUCUGAACACACCGACAUAGGGCUGUAUCCUAAUCCGGAAGUCGACCCUGCUUUGGAAGAUGCGAGGCUGGAAGGGUUUGCGGCUAUGUUGAGGGCGGGAGAAACAUCGUACACUACCUCAGACAAUAUCCAGGUCAAGCGAUGGGAAAAGUUGUCUGGAACG